AGGGCGCGUGGUGUAUUCAGUCGUCCACGGGAGCUCAAGGGAAACACAAGCAGAAGCUCCUCGCUACACCAACCUCCUACUGCUACUUCAGUGUCCGCAUCGAGGCGACAUACACUUGACGAACGAACGAUCCCAUUGGGCCUAUAGGCAGCGAUGUGGCGUACUAUUCUGCUCAUGGUCGUGGGGGUGGCUGUCGUGGGAGCGACUCCCAUCUCGCGAAAGUUGGGCUCCUCCGACCAAGUCAAAGUGACCUACGUAGACAGCACCCCAGUCUGUAGCGUCGACGGGAUUUUGUAUGAACGUGGGGAGUUUAUACCGACGGCGGACCCUUGUGAGGAAUGCCAGUGCACGCCGCCAGGGUUUGCUUGUAAGAGGAUAGAUUGUUUAUUCAAUCCUGGCUGCCGAGCCAUCCAGCAAGCUGACGAGUGCUGUCCAGAGUACCAGUGUGAUGACAAUGAAGACAUUUAUGCGACUCUUCCUGAAACUGGCACAGGACAAUACACAAGUAAUAAUGAAAGUCAGGGAACUGCCCAACCUGCGGUCACGCCUACAGCAACCAAAUAUCCAGUGAAGGACGGAGGGGAAGAGACUAUCAAAAGCGCAUCCAAGGGAACUUCAUCAAUUAUAACUAUUACGCCGACAAAUGAGGAAGAGCCGACCACAACACCAAGAGUGGAAGCUAACGAGGCAGCAGAGGAAGUGCAGACCACAACACUAAGAGUGGAAGCUAACGAGGCAGUAGAGGAAGUGCAGACCACAACACUAAGAGUGGAAGCUAACGAGGCAGCAGAGGAAGUGCAGACUACAACACCAAGAGUGGAAGCUAACGAGGCAGCAGAGGAAGUGCAGACUACAACACUAAGAGUGGAAGCUAACGAGGUAGCAGAGGAAGUGCAGACCACAACACUAAGAGUGGAAGCUAACGAGGCAGCAGAGGAAGUGCAGACUACAACACUAAGAGUGGAAGCUAACGAGGCAGCAGAGGAAGUGCAGACCACAACACUAAGAGUGGAAGCUAACGAGGCAGCAGAGGAAGUGCAGACUACAACACCAAGAGUGGAAGCUAACGAGGCAGAAACGACCAUCAAAGAUGUAUCCACAGGACAGGAGAAUAAAAUUUUCACAGAGGCACCAAUAAUACAUGAAGCUGCUCAGGCUGAUGAAGGAACUAUUACUUCUAGUGAUACUGUUGAACACGCCGAGGCAGGGGAGGUGGGCACAACAGAGGCAGAAGCCAGUGAAACAGCCGGGUCAGUUAAGGUUAGCAUUAACGGGGAAGCCUUCCAAGAUCUCACCAACAAUGAAAAAUUAUCCCAGGCAGAAGAUGAAAAAAAGGAAGUGGAAGAUAAAUAUGUUGAUGAUCCAACAAUAUCUGUAGACUCUGCUGGGGGUGAGGCUGUUUUGUCAACUGUAGACGAUAGUGACUCCCCCCCAAAAAAUAAAACUGGAACAAUUACAGAGGACAUCAAAGAUGAAGUACCUGCAGUGGUAGUCAGAGCCCCUACAGAUGGAGCACCCCCAAGGGGCACUAAUACCACUGAAGGAGGUGAAGUCGAUGGAGAAGCCUACGAAGCAUAUUCAAGUGGCAAUACCAAAUUGCAUCAAAGUCUUGCAGAUAGAGUUGCACGCUUUAUUCACAGUUUUAUCUAAUAUUUCCACUCCAUAAUAAUGACAGAAAAUUUGUCUUUGGGUCAAUAUGCCCUUACAAAUAUAUUUAAGAGAUAUUUGCUUUUCGUUACUACAUAAUAAUUUGGAGAUUAUGUCUACUAGCAACUGAUAAAAGUAUAGUUGUGGGGAAGAAAUAAAAAAACCCGUACUUAUAAAGUUAUCGAGUAAAAGAUAAUUAAAACCCGCAUCAAAGACAAUAAAGAACAUGGUAUUAUAUGCAUGUUGCUACUUUGUUUCUGAUAGGCUAAAAAACCUGCGCUGGUUGUUGGCUUUACUCAUAUGGGAAAGUGAGACACUGAGGUACACACUGAUCCACGGAUCUCCGGCCUACAGUGGUCUGGGCAUUGUUGCAAAGCUUGUGUUAAUAAUCUGGAUUCACCUGGCUUGCUUACAUCACCACCACUGAGUGGCAAAGACAAGUAGGCCAUGAAGCGGGCAGGUACAGCCAAUCAAAGAUGCAUCGACCCCACCCCUGGCUCUUGUACUCACAUAUGCAAUUAUUGUGUCAGUUGAGUCUAUUGCACAGUAUCUGCCCUUAAACUUAUGUCAAAUUAUAUCAUAUAAUCCUCACGUUGUAAAGAAAAUGAAUUUCUUCAUGAAACACUCAAGAUUGAAUGUGGAUCAUGUGAUGUUGAAAUUUGAUGAUGUGGGAAUAUUGUGGCAGCACUGGUUGUAGUUGUGUUGCCAAUUCAUUAAUAUAAUAUUCUACAUUACUGAAGCAAAUUUAUGAAUAUUUGGCAACUUCUCAUGAUCUUAAAUAACGAUGAAUAGUUUAAUAUAAAAAUUGUACCUUUGGAUUGUUGAAUAUUUAUCUUGACAGUAAUACAGCCCAAAACAGAUCCAACAAUCACAAUCCCCAUUACAUACAGCCGUACUUUACCAAGUAUUGCCAAGAUGGUGUCGAUACAUGUUUGGCACGAGUUUUGGUGUAUGCACAACCCUUGUUGGACAGAUAUUGCUUACCUUCCAGCUAUCAGGCGUUGAUGAUACACUUGUCCAGUGCCACCUGUAUAUAACAUGGUUCUACAUUUGUUUCGUGUAAGUGAAGAUGGUGAAAUAAUCCAGUCAUUUUCAAGAUUUUUCCCUUAUUUAUUAUUAUCAUUAGGUUUAUGUGUACUUUGUGCGAUAUGUAUGUAUACAUAUACUGGAUAUAUAUUUCUCGCCAGGGAAAAGGUUAACUUUAUUUCCCGGUGUUGUACCUUCCACAAGAUGUUAGUGACGUGGCCUUCCCUGCCAGUCACAGUAUUUCCUCACAUCCGUGCACUAUAACUAUAAUUACUACACCAAAUAAAACAUACAUAUAGUAUAUACUUAACAUCUUUCGUGAUAUCCGGUGUAUGUGCACUCUUAGACAUAAGGUUGGUUUCUUAAAGUGUUAAAUAUGACAUUUUAUUCCAGAUCAUCAGAGGGUUUUCUUGAUCUUGUGACUCUUACUCUUAAUAAUUGUAGUUAACACUAGUUUAUUGUUAUUUCCCAGUUUAUAAACACUAGUACUUUUGCUCGUAGGCAUAGGAGUGAAUGUUGUAUGCGUGCCAACCAAGGAAACAAAUAAAUUAUUUAUUAA